AUGAAACCGCAUGGGUUUGUCGAAUCCCUGCGGCAAAUCUCUCACAGUCACGGUUCGUUCUCGAAGAAAGUGAAAGAUGCAACGAACAACGACCCAUGGGGACCAACCGGCUCGACCUUGAACGAAAUAUCCAAGGGAAGUUCCCAGAUACGAAAUCUACAGCCGCUGAUCAAGGUGAUAUCCAAGCGAUUGUCCUCCACAGACCCAAAGAGGUGGCGAAAAAUCCUCAAAACUCUGACCUUGGUGUUAUUUGUGAUCCAGGUGGGUGCCAUUGAAUUUGUGAACUGGUGCAAGGCAAACCAAAAUUUAUUCAGCCGAUUCCACCGAUUCGAAGUCACCAACGGCAUAGACUAUCAUCUGACCGUUGCGCAAGAACAGGAGCAAACCAAGAAUAUCAGGAACAAGUCGGAUUUGAUUAUGAGCUUAUUGCAAGAUGAUUCUAAUCUUCAAACCAAGAGGACAAGUUUCCACAGAUUGAGGUCGGAUAUGUCGAAUCCAGGUGAUUCUCACGAUACUACAUACGACUAUGAAGAGGAGAUUGACGAGGUCGAGCGAGUUGUGUUUCCAGCCAGAGGAACCAGAAGUCUUGAUUUGAACAGACAGGAGAUAUUUGGCAAGUUCGAGGACUCGAAUGGGGGCUUCUCAAGCGACGAUAGUAUGGAACUAGACAGUCCCGCUGUGGUCAACAGAAGAAGACAGUUGAGCAUUCUGAUGGAGGAGUCUGAGGAGAUAUCGAGGUCGAGAAAGGGUUCAGUGAGUGAGUUGGCAAACUCUGGAAUAUCGAGAACCGCAACCAUGCCAACGAGGAGGUUUCACCAUCCGAUCGUGCCGGUGUUGAAGAAACCCGUGGCACCCACUCAGAAGCUCCCAUUUCAGAUAUCUGUGAAAACUGCACCGGUGGUGCAACCAGACUGA